AUGGCUCCCAAAGUUAGCGGUAAAGCUGUUAAGAAAGCCGGAAAGGCCCAGAAGAACAUCGCGAAGGGCGAUAAGAAGAAGAGGAAGAAACGUAAGGAGUCCUACGCAGUGUACAUCUACAAGGUUUUGAAGCAGGUUCAUCCUGACACUGGCAUUUCAAGCAAAGCCAUGUCCAUCAUGAAUUCCUUUGUGAAUGACAUUUUUGAAAGGAUUGCCAGCGAAUCUUCCCGCUUAGCCCAAUACAACAAGCGCUCAACUAUUUCCAGUCGGGAAAUUCAGACUGCAGUUCGACUUCUCCUUCCUGGUGAACUUGCAAAACAUGCAGUAUCUGAAGGUACCAAGGCUGUCACCAAGUAUACCAGCAGCAAGUGA